AUGUCAUCGCGCCGUCUGAUGACCGUUCCGGUGAAAGCGCUGGGCGCCGGCAUUACAGUCCGGUACUCGCCGGACAUCGUUCAUUACGGCCAGGACCAGCGGCUCCUGGCUGAACAGCCCCUGCUGCCCUCACGUCCCUACAUGGAAUCAUGGCUGACAGACGCUCCUCCCGACACACUGAGGUGGCAAGUCUCCACUCGUCCCAGUGUCAGCAAGCUCAAGAAGAGCACGCAGCGUAGUGCCUUGCAGAGCUACUGGUACAAGUCACUUUGCCAGGCAUUGUGGGAGAAGGGCUAUAAUGACAAAGGUCAGAUAGCUGGCACAGGCGGUCGUGGGUUGGUCGGCACCAUGGAAGUCACCAUUUUCGAUGGGGAUGGGUUCGGACAACCCGAUGAGCAUCUGCGGACCAAGUGUGCGGCAAUUGUUGGCGAGAUAGAGCGAGCAGCAGCACGCCCCCAGAAAGGUCUAGAUAUCAGAAUAUCGAGGCCCACCUCGAAGAAGUAUGUGGGCAGACGGGCCGGCAAGGAUUAUUCUGCUUCGGUUUGA